AUGUCUUCAGAACUCAUCCCCUUCCUUCCGGUGAAUAAAGAAAGUGAAGCCUAUAAGAUAAUACUAUCCCCAUGCAAUGCUGCAAACAAAUCACUAAUUAAAAAACUGAAACUUUUUCUGGAAGAUAAUGAAAUAUUGAAUGGCAGAAUCAUACUGACAAAUACUAGUGUAUCUGUUCCAGUACUACUAAAAACUGGGCUCGGAGAUCAGGACUUGUUGGCAUUCACUGUGUAUUUGAAGGGCAUGCUAAAUAUGGAAGAGGCAUCCUCAAUAAAUUUGGUUUCACAUCAACCAGAAAAUACUGCAUCAAAAGGUACUUUGAAAAAUUUGCUAGUUCAGUACCUGAGAGAUAAGAAUCAAGAUAUAAAGAUGUUCUUACCAUUCAUACCCAAUAGAUAUAUCAUUUAUCCGCCAAUGGUACUUUUUAAUUCCAACACAUUUGAUAACGAUGCGUGGAAUGGCAUUGCAGGUGAAUCGUUCUUCAAAUGGAUACUAUCUUUGUUCAAUAACUGUUCUCACUUGGCAAUUCUAAACCCUAUUAUCAAAACUGAUGACAUGAGAAGACCCUUGGGAUUUUUACCAUUGUAUGGAGACUUUGGACCAGAACUGCACGAAGAGGGUUUCGACAACCCCACCGAAGAAGAUUUCAAGAAAGAAUUCUGGUGCCAUGUAAUUCAAAACGGUAUCUAUCAAACUUGGGCUCCAAGACGUACAAUGUUCUCCAGAGGCAAUAUAAAGGAAAAGUCACGCAUACUGGAGUUCAGGGAUGUGCAGGGAACUGAUGUUGUAGAUUUAUACGCUGGUAUUGGAUAUUUCACUUUGAGCUAUUUGGCCAAAGGGGCUAACCGUGUUUAUUGUUGGGAGAUUAAUCCAUGGAGUAUCCAAGGAUUGAUCAAGAGCUGUAAGGCGAACAAUCAUCCAUACUGUCUAGUCAGGAAAGGGGAGUCCAUUCCCGCUGAUUUGAAUGAGAUUAAAGUAGUUAUUUUCCAUGAAAGUAAUGAGUUUGCAUGUACGAGAAUGAAGCAGGUGGUGAAAAUGGAUUCCACGUUUAAGUUGAACCUGAGCCAUGUAAAUCUAGGUCUUCUGCCUUCGUCAAAACAAGGGUGGCAGACAGCACUGGAUCUGAUCAACCUGUUCAACACAACAACUAUGAUUCAUGUCCAUGAAAAUAUUCAUAUAGAAAAUUUUCAGGAGCAAAUUGAACUCAUAAGGUUGAAUCUGUCGUCUUCGAAUGAAGUAGAGCUUUCAUUUGUUCAUAAAAUUAAAACUUUUGCCCCAGAUAUAUGGCAUGUUUGUAUAGAUUAUCGAAUUUGUAAUUACUAA